GCUCUUGACACCGACACAUGUAGCUCAUUUCAAUAACCUACGCUAACUUUAGACCCGGAAAAUCUCCUAUUUUUGAAAGUGUUUGGAUGCUUACUGACUUUGUCAAAACGCUGAGUUGCCACUCCGGUGGGAUGAAGGAUAGACAGAGUUUCUAACGUUUUGCUGAGACUCCUAAAAACAGGCAGCAGCCAAAUCUUUGACUGCAAGAUGAAUUCUAGCGUGACCCCGCAGCUACUGUCUACCUCCAUGAUGACUCAGAGCAUCACACCAACCAACAAAUCUGAGACUGGAUCCACAGAGUUUCACGUUACCCUCACGGUCAUCAACUCUGUAGUUCUGCUGUGCGGUACCGUCAGCCUGAGCCUGAUGACGCACAUCUUGAAGUCCAGUGCUGCUUCUGCCACCUCUAUUGCCGUGUUUAACCUAAUUCUUGCCCACUUCAUCUUCCUUCUGACAGUGCCCUUCAGAAUUUACUAUCAUGUAGCCAAAGAGUGGAAGUUGGGCAUCGAGUGGUGUAAAAUGGUGAGCGCGAUGAUCCACAUCCAUAUGUACAUGUCUUUUUUGCUCUACAUAAUCAUCCUCGUCACUCGCUUGUGGCCACACUACUGCAGGACUAGGCAGGUGGAAUCCUUAGGCAGAAUGCAAGCACUCAUUGGCAGUGUAGUGAUGUGGGUCAUUGUGCUCAUCUUAAUCUUUUCCAUCAGUUUUCAUUUUUAUGGCAAGACAGAUCAAAAUAAUAAUUCCACUUGCUUUCAUUUUGCAAGAAGCAUGAAUUCUGCCAAAGAGCUGAACUACAUAUCAAGCACACUGGUGAUAGUGGUAGCUGUUGUGUUGACAGCCCUUCAGGCCAACAUCCUGUGGACUCUAUACAAAAGGGAUCGCCAGGGAUGCAGGUCUCAGCAAGACUUUGGGGCUCAACUGAAGAGCCUCUGCUUCACACUGAUCAUGCUAAUCUGCUUCGUUCCCUACCAUAGUUUCCGGCUGUAUUACAUUGGGAAACCUAAGCUUGAACCUUUAAACGAAGUCUUACUGAGCCUGACCACUUUCAACUGUUUGGACAUGCUGACCUUCUUGGGGAGGAGAACAUUCCACAUAUGCUUAAGAAGUAGGACUGUGUGAACAUAGCGUCUACAAUAACAGUGAAUGUGCAUACAGGAUACAAACUGAUAUAAGACGUGUUUCUUCAUGUGUUUCUUUUUCAUAUUUCUUGUUGAUGUACAUAAUUUAUUUGAUAUCAAAUUAUGAUAAUUUUGCCUGCUUCAUUAUCUAACCAAUAUUAUUUAAGAUGAAGAUUAUUAUUAUUAUUGCAGAAAUGCUUGGUUGUUGAAUUUUUUUUAAAAAUGUUUUUUUUUAUUCAUGUUUUUUAAUGAAUAGCAGAAAUGUA